GCAUAGACCCCCAUCCAAAUCCAAGCACACAAGACGAGAGAGAGAGAGACACACACACACAUACACACACCUGUGGAUGAUGGACAAAAUGAUUGAAAAUGAAACAAGAGCAAAACCCAUAACCUAAUCAACCACACGUCUCCAUCCUCCGCUGUUAAGAGUGUCUGCGUAAAUGGGUGGCAUUCAAAAUUGUGCAUGUUGCCUCAGAAAUCGACAGCUAAUCAUUCCCUUGAUCUUCCUAUUGAUUUCCAACUUUUCCAACUACAGAUUCAUGGUUGAAGGUAGAGCAAUUUCCAACCUGGUUGGCUCCGUUUCAAAGCUGACACACUAUCCUCCGGGGAGGGAGGUGGAGGAGGUGGUGGUGAUAGCAGUAGCGGUGGCGGCAAGGAGAAGGUUGAUAGGGUCGAGGCCGCCAAGAUGCGAGAGGAGGUGCAGCUCUUGUGGGCAUUGUGAGGCAAUUCAAGUCCCAAUUGCCCCAAAACUCAAAAAAAACCGUGUUGCAUCAUCAAGAGCUGAUGACAUUUCCAACUACAAGCCCAUUUGUUGGAUGUGUAAAUGUGGUGACUUCAUUUUCAAUCCAUAAUUUUAUUUAUAAAUUAAAAAAAAAUGUAGUUCUCAAGUUUGUGCGUAAAGAUUGAGUUUUUCUAUUUUGUUAUUUCUGUUUUUGUGGAUAUGUCAUAUGUAAAUUAAUUUAUGUAUCCUUUCAAAAGUACAUAUAUAGAGGGUGUUUGGGAAGUGAAUUUUUUUGUAGAUUUUUUUAGUUGUAGAAUAUAAUUGAAGAAAUUUUUUUUUUGUGUUUGAAAAGAUAGUU